AUGAAUCUGAUUGAAAUCUCCCGGCGGGAAGUGCGUGGUUUGCACCAGGACCUUCUUGUCGCUAUUAUGCUGUCUGCACAGGGCGCCAGACUCAUUAACCACAUUCCAUUCACUUCCUGGGAGGAGUCAAGAAGAUUGGCUCACGAACCCGGUCCCGCUGAAGCUCUUAGCCGAGGCCUUCUUUUGAUACUGGACAAUUUCCGAAACUUUAACAGAGAGCGAGCCUGGCGUGUUUUAGGGCGAAGCAGCUACCACAGUCCUUUUGGGAACCACCUUCGAUUCAAGUUGUUUUGA